UCUGAGCUAUCUACCUUAAUCAUACCUGCUAAAGCUUAGAGCAAAUUCGCAAGAGCAGCUGGUUCUUGAUCUUAGUCAAGUCUGACCUUGCCCCCAUUCUGUCAUAGGGUUUUCACAAGCUCGGUCCCAAAAGCGGCGGCGCAUAUAUUCUAGCAUUUCUUCAACUUCAAAUUCGUCAACACACGUCGACUCUCAUCCCUACGCUACUAGGAAGAUGGCAACCAUCUCGAUUGAGAAGGCCCCCAAGCCAGGCCAAUUGACAGUCUCUACCCAGCUUCUUACGCCCAGCCAGAGAAGCCCAGAAGGGAGCUUAGAUAUACGCCGAACUUCGAACGUAUCGACACCAUGCUCCGCCUCCGCCCCCAACGGAUUUGACACGGACAUCGAGGCAAUGAUGCCUGUCAAAUCCUCCGAGCACCUGAACAAGACGGCGUCAGGUAACCCCAGACCCAAGUCGGAUUGCCCCGUAUGGCCUGGCCAGGAUCAUUGGCGACAGAAGGCACGAGCAGCCAAGAUCAACAACCGAUCGUGCCAGUGCAUGGCUCGCCUUAGCCAUCGAAACAGGAUCAUCGCUAAAGUCCUCAUCGCAUUUUUAAUCGUCGGCGUCGCUGUUGGUGUUGGUUUUGGCAUUAGCAAACCUCUUGGCGCGGGUAUUUGGCAGCCUAAGAAUCACUGAUUAGGUGCCUACGCUGAACACUACAACUGCGAGAAGAUGAAAAUUAAGGAGUAUGUGCCCUUGUGCAGCAAGGACGAAAUGGGUAAUAUCAUGUAAGGCGUUGCGCGUUGACAUCGUGGUGGGUGGUGUUUCUUGAGGGCAUGAAGGCGUCAUUUGCCUUCGAUUGUCUAUACUCUUCGAUACUCCUGUUGGUACCCAUUUGGACCCUGGUUCGUCAUGUAUAAAUUCGGUUGUUCACAAUUCAACCUAGGGAGACGGAAGUGCUCUGGACUGCGGCAUGGCAAGGCG